UCCUUUGUCUCUGUAAUGGAUCUCAAAUUUCCCUUCUCUCUCACCACUUUCUUCCUCCUGGUCUUCUUCCUAAUCAACUUAGUCAGGGUACUAAAAAGAUUCAAAACCGAAAACACAACUUCCAAACUCCCUCCAGGGCCAUGGAAACUACCUGCCAUCGGAAGCAUUCACCACUUAGUCGGUUCACUCCCACAUCAUUCUUUGAGAAAUUUGGCGAGGAAAUAUGGACCCCUCAUGCAUUUGCAACUAGGGGAAAAUUCAACGAUUGUCAUAUCAUCGCCACGAUUGGCCAAAGAGGUAAUGCAAACGCACGAUCUAGCCUUUGCAGAUAGGCCUAAAGUCAGAGCAGCUAAGAUUAUGACCUAUAAUUAUGUAGACAUCGCGUAUUGUCCCUAUGGCGAUUACUGGAGACAAAUGCGUAAAGUUUGCAUCUUGGAACUCCUAAGUGCCAAAAAUGUUCGCUCCUUUUGUUCUAUUCGGGAGGAUGAGGUUUUCCAUCUUAUCGAGUCUGUCAAAUCAUCCUUUGGUUUGCCAAUAAAUCUUACGGAGAAGAUUUUUUCAUUAACAAAUGACAUAACGUUCAGAGCAACAUUUGGAAAGAGAUACGAAGACAAAGAUGCUCUUAUACCCUUGAUUAAGGAGACGGUAGAGGUAGCAGGGGGUUUCAAUUUGUGUGAUUCAUUUCCAUCACUCAAAGUACUUCACUUUCUCAGUGGGAUGAGGUCUAAAUUAGCAAGGCUUCAUCAGAAGAUGGAUCAGAUCCUCGAUAAUAUAAUCAACGGGCAUGAAGAAACCCUCGGAAGCUCUAAAGGGGGAAACGGCGAAGGUGGGGAGGAAGAUCUUCUCGAUGUGCUGCUUAGACUCAAGCACAGAGGAGGCCUUCAGUUUCCUAUGACAAACAACAAUAUUAAAGCUAUCAUUCAGGAAAUCUUUUGUGCUGGAACUGAUACUUCCUCUACUACAAUCGACUGGGCAAUGUCGGAAAUGGUGAGGAACCGAAGAGUGAUGGAAAAAACACAAGCUGAAGUGAGACAAGUCCUCAGGGGGAAGAAAAGAAUCUGUGAAGCUGACAUUCGAGAGUUGAAGUAUUUGAAGUUGGUAAUCAAAGAAACUCUAAGGUUACACCCUCCUGCUCCAUUGUUACUACCUAGAGAACGUAGGGAACAAAUUGAGAUGGAUGGAUACCUUAUACCCGUAAAAACAAAUUUAAUUGUGAAUGCCUGGGCUAUCGGGAGAGAUCCUGAAUAUUGGGUUGAUGCUGAGAUUUUUUCACCAGAGAGAUUCGAUAAUAGUCCUGUUGAUUUUAUAGGAACCGAUUUACAAUAUAUACCGUUUGGGGCGGGAAGAAGGGUAUGUCCAGGGAUAUCUUUUGGCCUAGCAAAUGUUGAACUCCCUCUAGCACAAUUGUUGUAUCACUUCAACUGGAACCUAUCAAAUGGUACCAAGCCAGAAGAUCUAGACAUGACUGAGACCUUUGGAGCAAGUGUUCGGAGAAUAAGCGAUUUGCAUUUGAUUGCCACUCCUUAUUUCACUUGAUCAUCAUAAGCAAUGCCACCAUCAGAAUGUGAUGGACCAUAAUUAGUCAUUUCUACUAUGCAAUUGCUCGAAUUCCAUGUUUCUAUUUCCUAUUUGUAAAAUGUUUCUGAUCAGGUAAUUUCGUUUCUCUUCAAUUUUUCUUUCCCUCGAAGAAAUAAGCCUCCAUUUGGUUGUCAUAAAAUGAAGAAAAAGUAAUAAAAA